UCUUACAAAAAGUCAGGCCCACUGAACAAGGAAACAGUCACAUUCACGGCCAAGUCAAAAAUAGGUUUUGUCGCAAGAUCUAGGAAUGCAGCCAUUGGAGGGAGCCAUGCGUCGAUACAUUGGUCCCAUCUUCCAAUAUGCCAGUUACUUGGUUCGUGGCGCCUGCUUUAUUCACUGCUUUAAUCAAUAUGUUGUAGGGACCACACUGUGCUUGGGUCCUUCCAUGUUACCGACAUUUAAUAUGACCGGCGACUUUAUUGCUGUCGAGCAUCUAUCCAAACGUUUUGAGACACUCAAUCCGGGAGACGUCAUUGUAUGCAUGUCACCGGCGGUGCCAGGACGAGCGGUGAUGAAGCGUAUUUUGGGCAUGCCUGGGGAUAAUAUUUGUAUCGAUCCGACAGAAAAGGAACGAAAAUAUAUCAAUGUUCCACAAGGUCAUGUUUGGGUUGGAGGGGACAAUUUGAGCAAUUCUAAUGACAGUCGCUCGUAUGGACCGGUUCCUAUUGGCCUUAUUCGUGGGAGAGUUUUCGCCAAGGUCUGGCCAACAACAGAAAGGGUCCGCAAUGGAUUUACGGCUGUUCCUCUCGACCAAGCAUAUCACUCAUGAUUAUCUCGCGCCUAUCAUAAUAUACCUAUUUAUCGUAAUGCAGCUUUGGCUUUUUCCCGUACCAUGAAAC